UUGUGGGAGGGCCCCGGAAGGAGACUUCGUUUCCCACGGACAAAAAGUUGUACGUGGUGGCGGGGGACCCAGGCUAGCCACAAAGGACUGACCCUCCUGGGCCCCGGAACUGCUUCCUGUCUUGGGUGGGCCCUGGAGGUCCUGCCCGCCCGUCCCAGAGGCCGAGGCUUAGAGGGCAGCUGGGGCUUGCCCCUUAGAUUGAGUAUCCUGGGGCGCUAGCGAGCCUUGGUCCUGUCGGGACGGCCCCUGAGUGCUGCUCUGGUAAGCGGGGUUGGCUUGGGCCCCUGCUCUGUAGCCAGAGGCCGCCGCACAUUCACUCCUGGGUCUCUUGGCCUUGCUCCAGGUGGCUACUUCUUGACUGCUUUGAGUCCCUCAUCCAAGCAAAGGGCGGAGUGCAUUGGUGGAGGCCCGGUCCCCUCUCCCCGGAGCUGUAUAGACUUCUCAUACACCAGGGUUCUGGAGGCAGAUGGAGGAGCCCUUUCGAAACACAGAGUAUUUUUUUUUUUUAAGUUGUGACUUAAAUAAUAACAGUAGCAAGAAUAUGUGCUUAUGGUAAAGGCAGGUGGCAGGUACGGAGGCUGUGGGAAGUACGGAGGCUCCACAGGCAGCCCUGUACUGGCCUGGUGUAUACGUUUCUGUGCAGACGUACACCACCCUGUGUGUGCACAGAUGUAUUUUUACACAUGGCUCUGGACAGCUGUCUGACUCUGUCAGCAGCAGGCCUUGGAGGGGCGCAGGCCCGGGUGGGGGGUGGGGGGACAUCCAGAGGUCUUUGAGUCCAGCCCUCUGCCUCCAGGCCACGCCCACUCUGUCGUCAGAGCCCCCUGUGCCUGAGGCGUGCGCGGCUGGGAGCCCUGCCCUCCUCGGGUCUGGCCUGCUUUCCAUCCUGCUGAGUACUUGGGGCAUUUCCCUCUUUGAGCAAGGUGUGGUCUUCCCUGUCCUGGCAUUAGACACAAGGCAGUGGGCCUUCCUGCCAUUCUAAAUGUAGCUUAAGACAGUCAGUGCAAAGCACCCCUCUGUGGGUGUCCAGCCCAGGCCUUAGGAGGCCAGAAAGGUUGCCUGGCGGGAGAGCAUCUUGGCUGACUGUGGAAAGACCCAUGUUGGGGUCCAUUCCACAGAGGUCGUCAGGUAUCUCUGCCUGGCCUGGAGGUCCCAGAGAGGACCCUCCUCCCCUCAGGAAGGCCCGUCUGGAAGGGUAGCAGAGGACUGCUCACAGGAAGAGCAUGCCAAGUGCUCUUUCUCGGGAUGCCAGGAGUUGGUGAUGUGGGAACUGGGUUUUGAGGGAUGCCUAGGAGUUCAUCUAUCAGAGGGGAAAUGAGGAAGCCAUGCAGGAUCAAUGGAUAAAGUGUGCUCAGGUGAGGGCUGGCUGGUGGGCCACUGCAGGGUAGGGGCCUGUCCAGUGCUCCCUCACUUACUUGCUGCCUCCCGACUGCUGUAAUUACGGGUCUGUAACCACCCUGGACUGGGUGCUCCUCACUGACCAACUUGUCUGAACCUCUCUUUGUCUCCAGCGCCCAGCACUGGGCCUGGCAAAGCCAGAGACGCCUGGUACACGUUGGCCAAAUGAAUGAACCAGAUUCAGACCGGCAGGGGCGCUGUGGUUUAGGAGGGGCCUGGGGUUUCUCCCAGGAGGUUUUUGGGCUCGCCCUGGAGGGCUCUGGGCUGCCGUUUGCGCCGGUGGCCUGCAUCCUGGUCCAGUCUUCUUCAUGUUUGAAUUUCUUUGCUUUCCUAGUCUGGGGAGCAGGGAGGAGCCCUGUUCCCUGUCCCAGGAUCCAUGGGUAGGAACACCAUGGACAGACAGGGAGAGCAAACGGGGCCAUCUGUCACCAGGGGCUUAGGGAAGGCCGAGCCAGCCUGGGUCAAAUAAGUCUCAAAGGGACUGCCUGGAGGAGGCAGCCUGUCAGCUGGUGCAUCAGGUUAGGCAGGCUGGGAAGGCCUUCUGGGGAUAGGGAUGAUUUGUCCAAAGGCUCAGGGAGGUGGGAAUGGGGAGGUGAGCAAGGCAGCAGCUCUCAGGGCCAGGCUGUUGAGGGAGGUGGUGGCAGGGGCUGGGGACUCAGCCUAGAAUGAGGAGAGGCCCAGGUCCAGGGUACUGUGUUCAAUUACAUGGAUUUUACACUUGGCAGCCGUGAGUGUUUUGGGGGGAGGUAAGGCAGGCCGGCAGUUGGGGGUCAGAGAGCCUAGAGGGAUGGCAGCCCACCUGGGAAGGCAGGUGCAGGUGGAGCCCCCAGGCACGUGCAGUGGGUCUCCGACUCACCCUGGGCGAGGAGCUUCCCUUAGCCGGGCAUGGCCUCACACUCAGCUUCCUUUGCUUCUCCCAGAGGCUGUGGCCAGGCCAGCUGGGCUCGGGGAGCGCCAGCCUGAGAGGAGCGCGGGAGCAUCGUGGAAGCCUCGGGCACCAUGAGCGACGUGGCUAUUGUGAAGGAGGGCUGGCUGCACAAACGAGGGGAGUACAUCAAGACCUGGCGACCACGCUACUUCCUCCUCAAGAAUGAUGGCACUUUCAUUGGCUAUAAGGAGCGGCCGCAGGACGUGGACCAACGUGAGGCCCCCCUCAACAACUUCUCUGUGGCACAGUGCCAGCUGAUGAAGACGGAGCGGCCCCGGCCCAACACCUUCAUCAUCCGCUGCCUGCAGUGGACCACUGUCAUCGAACGCACCUUCCACGUGGAGACUCCCGAGGAGCGGGAGGAGUGGACAACCGCCAUCCAGACAGUGGCCGAUGGCCUCAAGAAGCACGAGGAGGAGAUGAUGGACUUCCGGUCGGGCUCACCCAGCGACAACUCAGGGGCUGAAGAGAUGGAGGUGUCCCUGGCCAAACCCAAGCACCGUGUGACCAUGAACGAGUUUGAGUACCUGAAGCUGCUGGGCAAGGGCACUUUCGGGAAGGUGAUCCUGGUGAAGGAGAAGGCAACGGGCCGCUACUACGCCAUGAAGAUCCUCAAGAAGGAGGUCAUCGUGGCCAAGGACGAGGUGGCCCACACACUCACCGAGAACCGUGUUCUGCAGAACUCCAGGCACCCCUUCCUCACGGCCCUGAAGUACUCCUUCCAGACCCACGACCGCCUCUGCUUCGUCAUGGAGUACGCCAAUGGGGGCGAGCUCUUUUUCCACCUGUCCCGGGAGCGUGUGUUCUCUGAGGACCGGGCCCGCUUCUAUGGCGCCGAGAUCGUGUCAGCCCUGGACUACCUGCACUCGGAGAAGAAUGUGGUGUACCGGGACCUCAAGCUGGAGAACCUCAUGCUGGACAAGGACGGGCACAUUAAGAUCACAGACUUUGGGCUGUGCAAGGAGGGGAUCAAGGACGGCGCCACCAUGAAGACCUUCUGCGGCACACCUGAGUACCUGGCCCCCGAGGUGCUGGAGGACAAUGACUACGGCCGUGCGGUGGACUGGUGGGGGCUGGGCGUGGUCAUGUAUGAGAUGAUGUGCGGCCGCCUGCCCUUCUACAACCAGGACCACGAGAAGCUUUUUGAGCUCAUCCUCAUGGAAGAGAUCCGCUUCCCGCGCACGCUUGGUCCUGAGGCCAAGUCCUUGCUCUCAGGGCUGCUCAAGAAGGACCCCAAGCAGAGGCUUGGCGGGGGCUCUGAGGACGCCAAGGAGAUCAUGCAGCAUCGCUUCUUUGCCGGCAUCGUGUGGCAGCACGUGUAUGAGAAGAAGCUCAGCCCACCCUUCAAGCCCCAGGUCACAUCGGAGACCGACACCAGGUAUUUUGAUGAGGAGUUCACGGCCCAGAUGAUCACCAUCACACCACCUGACCAAGACGACAGCAUGGAGUGCGUGGACAGCGAGCGCAGGCCCCACUUCCCCCAGUUCUCCUACUCGGCCAGCGGCACGGCCUGAGCUGGCAGUGGACUGCGCUGGACAACAGCUUGGAGGGAUGGAGAGGCGGCCUCGUGCCAUGAUCUGUAUUUAAUGGUUUUUAUUUCUCGGGUGCAUUUGAGAGAAGCCACGCCGUCCUCCGAGCGCAGAUGGAAAGACGUUUUGGUGCUGUGGGCAGCACCCUCCCCCGCAGCGGGGUAGGGAAGAAAAUUGUCCUGCGGGUUUUAAUUUAUUUCAUCCAGUUUGUUCUCCGGACGUGGCCUCAGCCCUCAGAACAAUCCGAUUCACGUAGGGAAAUGUUAAGGACUUCUGCAGCUAUGCGCAAUAUGGCGUUGGGGGGCCGGGCAGGUCCUGCCGCUGCGUCCCCUCACUCUGUCAGCCAGCCGCCCUGGGCUGUCACCAGCUGUCUUUCAUCUCUCUGGGGCCCUGGGCCUCAGUUCAACCUUGUGGCACCAGAUGCAACCUCACUAUGGCAUGCUGGCCGGCACCCUCUCCUGGGGGUGGCAGGCACACGGCAGCCCCCAGCACUAAGGCUGUGUCUCUGAGGACAUCAUCAGGCUGGGCCCCUGGGAUGGGACCAGGGAUGGGGGAUGGGCCAGGGUUUACCCAGUGGGACAGAGGAGAAGGUUUAAAUUUGUUAUUGUGUAUUAUGUUGUUCAAAUGCAUUUGGGGGGUUUUAAAAAAUCUUUGUGACAGGAAAGCCCUCCCGCUUCCCCUUCUGUGUCAUGGUUCUUGGUGACUGUCCCACCGGGAGCCUCCCCCUCAGAUGAUCUCUCCACGGUAGCACUUGACCUUUUCGAUGCUCAACCUUUCCGCUGUCGCCCCAGGCCCUCCCUGACUCGCUGUGGGGGUGGCCGUCCCUGGGCCCCUCCAGGCCCUCCUGGCCAGAUGCUGCCGCUGCUGCUGCACCACGGCGUUUUUUUACAACAUUAAACUUUAGUAUUUUUACUAUUAUAAUACGAAACUUUCCCUCCAAAUUCUUCAAUAAAAGUUGCUUUUCAA